UUCCGGAUCGGCCCAUACGUCACGGGAUCACUCUCGAGGCUGGUGUCGUCCCUCCGCGUGAAUGCAUCUAUCACAUGAGCGAAGAGGAACUCGAGGUGCUUCGCGCACAACUCGAUGACCUUCUCGACAAGGGCUGGAUUCGCCGUAGUUGUUCGUCAUACCGUGCGCCAGUUCUCUUCGUCCGGAAGAAGAACAAGGACCUACGGUUGUGCAUUGACUAUCGAAAACUUAACGCGCAAACCGUUAAGAACGUCGGUCCUCUCCCUCGGAUUGAUGAUCUCCUCGAGCGUUUGGGCGGUGCGACGUACUUCUCGAAGUUGGACUUGAAGUCGGGUUACCACCAGAUUGAAAUCCAGCCUCAAGAUCGGUACAAGACCGCCUUCAAAAUGCGGUAUGGGCAUUUUGAGUGGUUCAUGAUGCCAUUUGGACUCACCAAUGCCCCGACAACUUUCCAAGCAGCCAUGGCAACGGAGUUCCGAGACUUGCUCGAUCGUUCCGUCCUCAUCAACCUCGAUGAUAUCUUGGUCUAUAGCAGGACGCUCAACGAGCACCUCGUACACCUUCGUGUGGUGUUGGAUCGUUUGCGAGCCGCCAAGUACAAAGCGAACCGUGACAAGUGCAAAUUCGCCAAGCAAGAGCUUGAGUACUUGGGCCAUUUUGUGACGCCGAAAGACAUUCGUCCCUUAGCGGACAAGAUCCAAGCCAUCGUGGAUUGGCCGGAACCCUGUUGCACGACGGACGUACGCUCUUUCAUGGGUUUGGCUGGAUAUUAUCAACGCUUUGUCGAGUCUUACUCCAAAGUGGCAACUCCUUUGUCGAGACUUCAGUCCCCGAAGGUACCAUUCGAGUUCGACGACGCAGCUCCUGGCGCGCUCAAUACGUUGAAGGCGGCGAUGCAAGACGCACCGGCUCUGUAUCUAUGAUCCCACCCUACCCACCCAAGUGACUAUGGAUGCUUUCAGGUACGGUAUUUGUGCGGUAUUGGAACAAUGCCACUCG